UUAUGAAGUCUUUUUUUACCGUUUUUAGUUCAAUCAAGUUUAUUACAGUACCGGUAUUAAGUUGCAAUAACUAAUUCACAAUGUCGACUACUAUUACCAAGAUUAGAGCUCGCCAGAUCUAUGACAGCCGUGGAAACCCCACAGUUGAGGUUGAUCUUGAUACCCAGUCUGGAUCAUUUCGUGCAGCUGUUCCCAGUGGAGCAUCAACAGGAAUCUAUGAGGCCUUGGAACUAAGAGAUAAAGAUAAAGCAUUUCUAGGAAAAGGUGUUUCGAAGGCAAUUAAAAAUGUCAAUGAAAUCAUUGCACCUGCACUUGUUGGCAAGAAGCUUAAUCUAGCAGAUCAAACAGCUGUAGAUAAAAUUAUGCUAGAUCUUGAUGGAACUGCUAACAAGGCAAAACUUGGAGCAAAUGCAAUACUGGGAGUCUCGUUAGCGGUAGCAAAAGCUGCAGCACAUGAGAAAGGCGUUCCAUUAUACAGACAUUUGGCUGAUCUGGCUGGAAAUGCAAAUGUUUUACUGCCAGUUCCUUCUUUCAAUGUUAUCAACGGAGGAAGUCAUGCUGGUAACAAACUUGCAAUGCAAGAAUUCAUGAUAUUUCCUUGUGGUGCUUCCACUUUUUCUGAAGCGAUGCAAAUGGGAGCAGAAACCUAUCAGACCCUCAAAUCUGUAAUAAAGAAGAAAUAUGGACAAGAUGCAACCAAUGUUGGGGAUGAGGGCGGAUUUGCUCCUAACAUCAUGAAUAACCUUGAGGCUUUAGACCUCAUACAAGCGGCCAUCUCACAAGCAGGAUACGAGGGAAAAAUUAAGAUUUGCAUGGAUACUGCUGCGUCUGAAUUUUGGAACAAAGAAAAAGCUAGAUACGACCUUGACUUCAAAAACUCCUGUGAUGGUGAUGUGUCCGAUACGGAGAGAUAUAAAACUCCUGCAGAACUGGGAGAGUUGUACAAAACAUUCAUUAGUAAAUACCCAAUUGUAUCAAUUGAAGAUCCAUUUGAUCAGGAUGAUUGGGAAGGAUAUUCGGAAUUCACAGCAGCUGUUGGAGAAAAAACACAAGUUGUGGGUGACGAUCUUCUGGUCACUAAUCCCACUCGUAUCAACACAGCAUUGAAUAAAAAGGCAUGCAAUGCCCUCCUACUUAAAGUAAACCAGAUUGGUACUCUGUCUGAGGCUAUUGAAGCUUGCAAACUGGCACAAAAGUAUAACUGGGGAGUCAUGGUUUCCCAUAGAUCUGGAGAAACCGAAGAUAGUUUCAUUGCUGAUCUUGUUGUUGGUCUUUGCACUGGUCAAAUUAAGACUGGUGCACCCUGCCGAUCCGAACGACUAGCAAAGUACAAUCAGAUUUUGAGAAUUGAGGAAGAACUGGGUGACAAAGCCAAGUUUGCUGGAGCUGAUUGGAGAACUCCUAAAAUGUGAUGUCCAUAUUCUAGCAUCAGUAUAGUGUGAAUUAUAUCUUGUGCUUCAAAUUAUAUAUCUCGUUUUCAUUUCUUGCUAUGUUAGGUUUUUGCAGUUCCAAUUGUAUGAUUAUUUUAUUUACUGUAUCUGGAUUACUCAAGUUCAAAUUGUAUUAAUACUGUGCGACUGCCGUUGCCAUGAAUAUUAAUUAUUUUCUGUAUAAUGUUCAAUUAAUCCUAUAGCACUUUGCAUAUUAUUGUAUGAACACAUAUGGCAAACAGGAUAAGUAUUUAUGCUGAUUA